CCACAAUUGUGAAUAUAGAAUUUAAAGAUGUAAUUGUUCCAUCUGCAGUUGUGAAAAUGGAAUGUGCUGAUAUAACUGAUGCAUUUACAGUUGUGAAGACAGAGCCUGUUGAUGUAAUUGAUGCAUCCACAGUUGUCAAAACAGAGCCUGUUGAUAUAAUUGAGGUAUCCACAGUUGUGAAGACAGAGCCUGUUGAUGUAACUGAUGCAUCCACAGUUAUGAAAAUAGAAUUUGAUGAUGUAACUGUACCAUCCAUGGUUGUGAAAAUGGAGCCUGUUGAUGUGAAUGUGGCAUCCACAGUUGUCAAGACAGAGCCUGUUGAUGUAACUAAUGCAUCUACAGUUGUGAAAACUGAAUGUGUUGAUGAAGUUGAUCCAUCCAGACUUGUGAAGUCAGAAUGUGUUGAUGUAACUGAUACAUCUAUAGUGAAGCCAAAAUUUUCUGGCAAUGUGAAUGAUAACCUUCAGGAACUGUAUAAGGAUCACGAGAUAAAGAAUGAGAUGGUUAUAGGACCUACUGCUGUACAGAAAGAGAUAGACUGUAUCUCAUAUAAAGAUGACAAAUCUAUGUCUCAAUUAAAAAAGAAGCUUAACAAUGUAGAUAAACAGCAUGGUUGUGAUGUUUGCAAGAAAAAUUUCAAUACAAAGUAUCUGUUAAGACGACAUAUGAUCACACAUAGCGAAGAUAUGCCAUACAGCUGUGGUGUAUGCAGUAAAGGUUUUAGAGGGAAGGAAGCGAUGCUCCGACACACAUUUUCACAUACCGGUGAAUAUCCGUAUAAAUGUGACGAAUGUAAAAAAUGCUACCACUCAAAAUAUAUGCUGAAACGUCAUGUCCGUACACACACUGUUGAAACCCCUUACUCAUGUGACGUGUGUAAAAAACGUUUCAAACUAAAACAAGGUUUAAAACAACAUGUGUACAGACAUACCAAUGAAGACAAAUACACUUGCGACGUGUGUAAAAAACAUUAUAGAACGAAGUCGGCUCUAAAGAAACACACUUUCAUUCAUAGCGGCAAAAAACCGUACACCUGUGAUGUGUGUAAAAAAUGUUUUUUAACACACCACUCCUUGAAACGACAUGUACUCAUACAUUCGGAUAAACCGCACAUUUGCGAGGAGUGUAAAAAAUGUUUUAGUGAAAUUUACUAUUUGAAGAGACAUAUGGUUAAUCAUAAUAUUAGGAGACUGAAAAAAAACUCUGGUUCUUAAGUAAGAGGUUUUAUUUAAACUUGCAAAGUUAUGAGCACUGGCUCUAUUGGGGUUCCCAUCCAUACCAUGAUAUAAUAUAUCAUUGAUUCUAUAGA